ACGGGACGGGGAAAUCGCCUCCCUCUCCCUGCCUCCCCCCUUUUUGUCGUAGUCGUGGUCGUUGUUGAAAAUGACACGUUGUGGGCGCGGGGGGAAGGGUCGUGUCCGGGCUUGGCGUGAGGCGCCGGGCAGCUCCAGCGGGGCGCUGUGCGAGCCCGGCAGUGCCAGGGAGGGAAGCGGCGGCUUUUACCCCCGCGCUGGGUUUCAUCUGCUCUUGUCCCCUCGUACGUGGGGCUUCAGGUGGUCCCUCAGGGGACAGUAAUCCCAGGGGAGCCUUGGAGGCUUCCCUUUUAGACUCACUUCGGGCUUUGCCGCAAUGGAGUGUUGAUAAGCCCUUCCUGCCGCCUCGCUGUGUACAAAGAAAACUGGAGUUUGACGGUUCCCGAUAUGGAUGGCCUGGUUCCGGCAAAAGAGUGCCUGUGUGUGAAGGGAUAAAGCUGGAGUACAACAAUUCUAUGCUAUACAAGUCCAUUAUCGAAGAUGUGAUUGAAGGUGUGCGGGAACUUUUUGCAGAAGAGGGGGUAGAGGAACAGGUUCUGAAAGACUUGAAGCAGCUUUGGGAAACCAAGGUGACAGAGUCUAAAGCAACAGAAGGCUUCUUCAGGCAUGGCCACUGUUCUCCACAGUUCACCCUGCAGCUGCCACGCAAUUUUCACAGUGUUCUGCAGGCUUCAGCAGCUUCUUUUGUCAUCCCAGCUGGCAGAGGCUUUCAACAUUUCACAGCUGCAGAACUGGGGCCCUCACAAGCAGGGACAACUCUUGCCCUCCCUUCGGCUGUUGCUUAUCCCAUACACCUGCCAGCUGUGACACUACAGACAGCCCCAGGGCAACUUUAUAAAGUAAAUGUGCCUGUUAUGGUUACACAGGCCUCAGCAGAUAGCAGCAUUCUACACCCUCCUGUGCAGCAGAUAAUUCAUCCCCUUGGGCAACCUUCAGUUCUGCAAGCCAGUGUUGCCGGUGUUGCACAGAUGAAUGCACCUUCUUUCCAGGCAGCUGGUGAAACAUUGCAACCCCAGGAGGCUGUUGUCCAACAGACUAUGGUAUUUAAACCAAACAUUGUGGAAAAAAAACCCCUGGAGAACUCUGCUUCAUUGGUCCAGCAGCCUCCUGUGAGUCAGCAGGAACUUGCAACUAAUGCAGUGUUGAAUCGGUGUGCAGACUCCACAGAAAACUCCCAGCAUGACAAUCUUCACACAGCUGUGUUUACUCCAGAAUCCUCUGUAGGGCUUUUUCUCGAUGAGUCCUUGGCAAACAGCUCGAGCAGUGUACUGCUGGAUGUGGAGGGGCAGUUGGACAUGGAGCCUCCGGACCUGGUGCAGCAGCAAGUGUCUGAUGAUAUCAUCGACCUGAUUAUCUCGAGUGAAAGUUUGGAUGACAAUGCAUUCCUGAAAGGUCAGGGCAGCAUUGCUUCCUCUGACGAGAGAGAAUAUAACUUCCAAUCGGAGAAGGAUACCUGCAGUGCCAUUGAAGGCAUAAUCCAACUGGAUGGUACUGGUGAUGUUUCUUCCAAGGAAGAAAUAGCACAUGCAAAAGAUAAGGAAGAGAAUGAAUUCAUUGGAAUUGUUGAAUCAGAGGAUCUAAAAGUUCUGGAUGAUGAGGAAGACUACGAUGAAGAAUGUGACAGUACUUCAAAUAUGGAGUCUAGCUGCAGUGGUGGUGAUAAUGAAGACCUCCAAAUAGAUAUAGUUGAGGAGGACCCCUUGAACUCUGGUGAUGAUGUCAGUGAACAGGACAUUCCAGACUUAUUUGACACCGACAACGUGAUAGUUUGUCAGUACGACAAGAUACAUCGAACUAAGAACAAAUGGAAGUUCUUCUUAAAAGAUGGAGUGAUGUCCUUUGAGGGUAAAGACCAUGUUUUUGCAAAAGCCAUUGGAGAUGCAGAGUGGUGAAACCUCACUGAAGCAUGGACUUUAAGACUGUGGCAUUAUUCCCUUAUGAACCUUCUGUUGUGAAACAACUGGGCUUCCUAAUGUUUUGCCAUAAAACCUCCCAACAAAUAAUAAAACAACAAAGCUGUGAUAAAAAUAUGCAAAAUAUGUGUAGUUAAUACAUGCACAGUAAAACACUGUAUUGUUAGCUACUCAGCUGUCUUUGCGGUUCUUUUCUGACUAUUUCAACACUUUUCCAACCAAGAAACAUCAUUGGAAUGAUUAGCUUUAAAGUUUGAAAUGUUGUAUAUGUUAGUAUUUCUUUACUUUCUUGAAUUACAAAGUAAAUUCUAGUUCUGUUGAGUUUGUUUCAACUUCUUAAGAGCUAAAGUAUGACUUGAAAUAUAAAACUACACAGUUGUUGUUGAUACCAUGUAUUUCUUUUCAAAGACUGCUGAGUUAAAAAAAGAAAAGGAAAACCACAUCUGUGCAAGUCUGAAACCUCUUGUCUUUCCUUCCUGUUUUGCUUUUUUUGUUGCUUUGUGGUUUUUUGACAUCAGUUUAAAGGGCAGGUGUUUUAGAUCUAAGUAAGGGAAAUGGGGGUGGAAGAUCCUGGAGUUCUCAAUGUAUGAGAAUUAUUAUUGCUUAUUCUAUACCAUCUAUGUCUACUGAGAUGCAAUGAAUAGUGUGAUGUAACACUAAAAUGUGAUUUAUUUUCAUUGUCAAUGGAAAAUCAUUUAAGUUUGCUACUGUACAUACUCACUUCAUUUCAGGACUACAGACCAGUAAGCUGUGAAUGACAAAAAUUGUGCAUAAUAAUAAAAUGUCAUCUCAUAUA